AUGGCCAAGCAGGGGGCCCCCUGGGGCCCCCUGAGGUCUAAGGGGGCCCCUUGGGGCCCCCAGAGGCAAGGGGUAGAAUCAAGGCAGGGACUGCAGCAGAAGCCAGCAGCAGCAGCAGCAGCAGCAAGGCCAGCAGCAACAGCAGCAGCAGUCGGGGGGUUUGCUGCUGCUGCGCUUCCUCCUAAUUUGGUGGCUAUAGACUUUUUGAAACUGAAGAAAGAAAUUGCAAGGGAUGAAAAGAAAUGUAAACGCUACGAAGCCAAGCUGCGGGCAGCGCAAGGGCUUGCCGAGUCUGAGGAGAAACUCAAGAACUGCAUCAUCAAGGACUUGAGGGAGAAGCUCCACACGGAGAUUGCGCUGCAACAGGUCCUCGCUGAAGAUGACAAGAAG